GGAUUCUAUUGCUUGUGUGGGGUGUGGAACAAAUUGUUAUUAUAGGGAGGAUCGUAUCAAAUAAUUUUUUUUUCUUUGUAUUAUACAUUGAUCACGUAGUCUUACUUAACCUAUGACAAGUAAUUUAUUUUGGAAUGAAUUCAGACUUUCUUUAGUAUUUUUAUUAACUCUCGAGAGUUUUUUUGAAUCACGUCGUGGCGUUGAAACUCUUCUUCUCCGAUUGGGUGUAACUGACGUCUGCGUUUCUAUUAUCCCUGGAGUAACCGUUUCCUCGUGAAUGUGAGGUCUGGGGUGUACCGUUCGAGUUGCGCCUGGUAAAACUACUGUGAGAAUGAAUGUGAUCUUAUAUAUGGUACAACAUAAUUUGUUAAGUUAAAUUGAUUCGUAGUAUGGAUAGGAUAAAGUUACGUGAUAUUCUAUCUGCAUUGAAUUCACACGAGAUGAAAGUGAAGGAAUUGAAGUGUGAGGUUGCUUCUCUUAGACCUGCUGUUUCUUAGUUACGUGUUAAUGAUGUGAGAGAAGCAAAGGAGGGAAAAUAUUUUGAGGUAUAAUUUGAGAAGGUGAGUUUGCUAAUAAAUGAAUUCAAUAGUUGUACAAAAAAAUUAUCCACUCCUGUGCUUCCUCUGAAUGUGGAAAGGGUGGUGGUGGAGGAAGAGAACUCCCUGGAGGUUUGUCUAGUAGAAAGGAGUUUAGUAGGUAUGUCAGUGGAAAUGGACGAUAUUGGAGUAGUUGUUGGGAAUCUGCGAAAUGGAGCAGUGAACUCUACGGAGGGAUUUGAAGCAGAUGUGAAGCAUGAUAUGAUUCAUGUUGAAUUAGAUUCGGUUGGCGGCACUUUUGAGGAUUCCGAAAGUAAAAGUGAUUUUGAAAAUAGAGAUGACAUUUGUGUAGUUGAUGUGAAUAUGGAGUGCGCCGAUGAUGAUUUGGUUGUGUUGGAAGUAGAAAGUGGAGCUCUGGAGUACAAUUGCAGCAGCUUUAAAAUUUCUAGUAUUGAGGUGGAUGAUUUGAAAUGCAAAGAAGGGAAUUGUGUAUAUUUAAAUGAAACAAUGAAAGGGAAACCCCUGUGUGUUGGAUCUGGUAGUGUUGGAGAAGGAUUUGGAUUAGUUAAUUUGGAGGAAAAUAUUUUGAGUAAUAUGGAAGGUGAUAAUAAGAGCAUUGUGGAAAAUGUAGAUGUUAACAAUCCUUCGAUCAUCGGUUUGGAAAAGGAUGAGUUUGUUGGGAAUUUAUUUAGGGCCACAAUUAUACCAUAA